GGCAGGCCCUUAGAAUAAGAUGGCCGCGGGAAGUUUUGCUUCCCGCCUCAGGGGCUCCCGGCGCUUUCUGAGUGUCUUCGUGGCCGGAGCUGUGGUGGGCGCCGCGGGAGGCGGGUUCACGGCCCUGCAGGUGCUCCGGAGUCAGGGCGCUGAGGCAGCGUUGGCGGUGAGGGAGCCCGACGGUUGUGCAGAAAAGGCUCUCUUGGAACAAUUUGGAGUCCCUUUAACUGGAACAGAGACUAGGCGUUACACUAAUCAUGCCUUGUCUUAUGAUCAGUCGAAGCGGGUGCCUAGAUGGGUACUUGAACAUAUAUCCAAAAGCAAGAUAAUGGGUGAUGCCGACAGAAAACAUUGUAAAUUUAAGCCUGAUCCCAACAUCCCUCCAGCCUUCAGUGCCUUCAAUGAAGACUAUGUUGGGAGUGGGUGGUCACGAGGACACAUGGCUCCAGCAGGAAAUAACAAAUUUUCAUCUCAAGCCAUGGCUGAAACCUUUUACCUUUCUAAUAUUGUGCCUCAGAAUUUUGAUAAUAAUGCUGGAUAUUGGAACAGAAUGGAAAUGUACUGUCGAGAACUGACAGAGAGGUUUGAAGAUGUUUGGAUCGUAUCUGGACCGUUGACUUUACCUCAGACUGGAAGUGAUGGAAAGAAAACAGUUAGUUACCAGGUGAUCGGUGAGGAUAAUGUGGCGGUCCCCUCGCACCUUUAUAAGGUGAUCCUGGCUCGCAGAAGCCCAGUGUCCGCUGAACCACUGGCACUAGGGGCCUUCGUGGUGCCCAAUGAAGCCAUUGGCUUCCAACGCCAGUUAAGUGAAUUCCAAGUGAGUCUUCAGGACCUGGAGAAGUUAUCAGGACUGGUGUUUUUUCCUCAUUUGGAUAGAACUAGCGGUAUCAGGAAUAUCUGCUCUGUGGACACCUGUAAACUCCUGGAUUUCCAGGAGUUCACCCUGUACCUGAGCACGAGAAAGAUUGAGGGAGCCCGAUCAGUAUCCAGACUGGAAAAGGUCAUGGGAAAUUUGAAGAACGCAGGGAUUGAACCAGAUGAUUACUUCAUGAACCGCUAUAAGAAGAAACUAGAAGAACUCAAAGCUAAGGAGCAGUCAGGAAUCCUGGAGAGAAAGCCACCUUAGUUGCCAUCUCAGAAGACGUGCGAGAGCAUCUCUAAUGAAGCAGGUGUGUCCUCUCCAGGCUAAUGUAUGUUCGUGGCUUGGCUUUAAAGAAGUUAUGAAAUCCUAAACUUAAGACUAAAUUUCUCUCCAGAGAUAAAAGAUCCAAAAGAUGAGAGAUCAGUAUUUUAUUUCAUGUGGGAACUGAUUAAGGAAACUGUGAGGUCUGCAGGUUGUGUGCUGAUCUCGUGUCAGGUUCACAGGACUCUGACCACAAGAUGACAUUGUUUUUGUGUCCCUCUGGAUGUUAGCGCGUGAACGCAUUUUGUUUUUGUGCCUCCAGGUCGCGCACUGUGUGUGAUGUAUCUGCUCAGCUUUCUUCAA